AUUCUGUGUUUUAGGGUUUUGACCCACCGCAUCAAAGUGAUACACGAACUAUUUAUAUAGCGAAUCGUUUUCCCCAGCAUGGCCAUUAUGUUCCUCAGAAAUUUGCAGACAACAGAAUCAUAUCGUCCAAAUAUACAGUGUGGAAUUUUGUUCCCAAAAACUUAUUUGAACAAUUCAGAAGAGUAGCCAACUUUUAUUUUUUGAUUAUAUUUUUGGUUCAGCUCAUGAUAGAUACCCCUACCAGUCCUAUUACCAGUGGAUUGCCAUUAUUCUUUGUCAUAACUGUGACAGCCAUAAAACAGGGUUACGAAGACUGGCUGCGACAUAAAGCAGACAAUGAAGUAAAUGGUGCUCCAGUUUACGUUGUUAGAAGCGGCGGUCUUGUAAAAACUAGAUCUAAAAACAUUCGGGUGGGUGACGUUGUCAGAGUAGCCAAAGAUGAGACUUUCCCUGUUGAUCUGGUGCUUCUGUCAUCUGACCGAGCGGACGGUUCGUGUCAUGUUACUACUGCGAGUCUGGAUGGAGAGACCAAUCUUAAGACGCACGUUGCGGUCCCAGAAACGGCAGUGUUGCAGUCGGUUGCCAACCUGGACAAACUUGUAGCUGUUGUAGAGUGUCAGCAGCCAGAAGCAGAUCUAUACAGAUUUGUUGGCAGAAUAACUGUAAGUCAGCAAAAUGAGGAAAUUGUACGACCUCUCGGGCCUGAAAGUCUCUUACUCCGUGGAGCAAGACUAAAAAACACUAAAGAAAUAUUUGGUGUUGCGGUGUAUACAGGUAUGGAGACAAAGAUGGCAUUAAAUUACAAGAGUAAAUCUCAGAAACGGUCGGCAGUAGAAAAGUCUAUGAAUUCCUUCUUGAUUAUAUAUCUAAUAAUCCUCCUCUUUGAAGCCGUUCUGAGUACUAUUUUAAAAUACGCCUGGCAAGCUGAAGAAAAAUGGGAUGAGCCUUGGUACAAUGAAAAAACGGAGCAUGAAAGAAACAGCAGUAAGAUUCUGAGAUUUAUUUCGGAUUUUCUUGCUUUUCUGGUACUCUACAAUUUUAUCAUACCUAUUUCACUUUACGUGACUGUUGAGAUGCAGAAAUUUCUCGGAUCUUUUUUUAUCGGCUGGGAUCUUGACCUCUAUCACGAAGAAACAAACCAGAGAGCGCAAGUAAAUACCUCAGACCUCAAUGAGGAGCUGGGACAGGUAGAGUAUGUGUUUACAGACAAAACUGGUACGCUAACUGAAAAUGAGAUGCAGUUUCGUGAGUGCUCCAUCAAUGGCAUAAAGUACCAAGAGAUCAAUGGGAAGCUAACUCCAGAGGGGCUGUCUGAAGAUUCUCCAGAUGGAACUAGGCAUGAUUUGGUGAAAGAGGAAGAGCUGUUCUUGAAAGCCGUUUGUCUUUGCCAUACGGUGCAGAUCAACGCGGAUCAGACAGACGGUGCUGACGCUCCCUGGCGUGCCAAUGGAAUAGCAUCCCCGUUGGAAUAUUAUGCUUCCUCACCGGAUGAGAAAGCGUUAGUUGAAGCUGCGAGCCGCGUUGGAGUAGUCUUCACUGGAACUAGUGGGGAUGCUAUGGAAGUAAAAAGUCUUGGAAAACGAGAAAGGUAUAAAUUGCUUCAUGUUUUGGAGUUUGAUCCGAAUCGCAGACGAAUGAGCGUCAUUGUAGAGAGUCCCUCAGGGGAGAAGCUUUUAUUCACGAAGGGAGCAGAAUCUUCUAUUCUUCCUCGUAGUAAGAGUGGGGAAAUAGACAAAACGAGGAUACACGUGGAUGAAUUUGCCUUGAAAGGACUAAGAACUUUGUGCGUAGCCUAUAGAAGAUUCACACCCGAGGAGUAUCAAGAAAUCGGCAAACGCCUUCACGAGGCCAGGACUGCCUUACAGCAACGGGAAGAAAAAUUAGCGGAUGUGUUCAGCUUCAUAGAAAGGGAUCUGGAAUUGCUUGGGGCUACGGGAGUAGAAGACAAGCUGCAGGAGAAAGUCCAGGAAACUAUAGAAGCACUCAGAGUGGCUGGGAUCAAAGUGUGGGUACUCACCGGAGAUAAGCACGAAACCGCUGUUAGCGUCAGUUUGUCGUGCGGACACUUUCAUAGAACCAUGAACAUCCUUGAACUCGUGCAGCACAAAUCGGACAGUACGUGCGCAGAGCAACUGAGGCAGCUAGCCAAGAGAAUAAAGGAAGACCACGUUAUCCAGCACGGACUGGUUGUGGAUGGGACCAGCCUUUCUCUCGCGCUCAGGGAACACGAAAAACUGUUCAUGGAAGUUUGUAAAAACUGUUCCGCAGUGUUGUGCUGUCGCAUGGCACCCCUUCAGAAAGCGAAGGUAGUGCGACUGUUAAAAACCUCUCCGGAGAAACCCAUAACGUUAGCGGUCGGUGACGGCGCUAAUGAUGUGAGCAUGAUACAAGAAGCGCACGUUGGCAUAGGAAUCAUGGGAAAGGAAGGAAGACAAGCUGUAAGAAACAGCGACUAUGCAAUAGCACGGUUUAAAUUCCUCUCCAAGUUGCUUUUUGUUCAUGGCCACUUUUACUAUAUUAGAAUAGCAACCCUUGUACAGUACUUUUUUUAUAAGAACGUGUGCUUUAUUACACCGCAAUUUUUAUAUCAGUUCUUCUGUUUGUUUUCCCAACAAACGCUCUAUGACAGCGUAUACCUGACUCUGUACAAUAUUUGUUUCACUUCCUUGCCUGUCCUCAUCUACAGUCUUUUUGAGCAGCAUGUGCAUCCGCACGUAUUACAGAGUAAACCUGUGCUCUAUCGGGACAUCAGUAAGAAUGCCCAUCUGGGGUUUAAACCGUUUCUUUACUGGACCGUCUUGGGCUUCUUUCAUGCGUUUGUUUUCUUUUACGGCUCGUAUCUUCUAAUGGGAGAAGACGCUUCUCUGCUGGGAAACGGCCAGAUGUUCGGAAACUGGACGUUCGGCACUUUGGUCUUCACCGUCAUGGUUAUAACUGUUACGAUGAAGAUGGCGCUAGAAACUCACUUCUGGACGUGGAUAAACCAUUUUGUUACUUGGGGAUCCAUCGUGUUUUAUUUCAUAUUCUCCUUGUUUUACGGGGGAAUUAUCUGGCCGUUUUUACACACCCAGGACAUGUACUUUGUAUUUGUUCAACUGCUGUCGAGUGGUUCUGCUUGGUUUGCCAUAAUCGUCAUAGUAGUCGCUUGUCUGUUUCUUGACGUGGUGAAGAAAGUGCUGUACAGACAUCUGCGACCGACAAGUACUGAAAAAGCUCAGCUUACUGAGACAGGUUCAGGUGUCAACUGCUUGGACUCCAUGUGCUGCCUCUCAGAUGGGGAAACAGCAUGCGCACCUCUUAGAAGAAGGCUGGAACGACUAAUGGGAAGAUGUAGUCCGACCCGGGUCAACAGAUGGUGGAGUUCGUCGGAUCCCUUCUAUGCCAACGACAGAAGCUUCUUGACUCUCUCCGCACUGGACUCGCCCGCUUGCUAACGGGGACGGUUGUAAAAGCCUUGUGGAAGCUCACGUACCUGUAGCGGGGCUUGCGGCGAGUUCAGUGCCGUAUCCCUGCCCUAGAGAAGACUCGCGUGACCUAAACCUCUGAAAACCGACCGUGGUUUGUCAUGUGGCCUAGCGUAACCUUCAUCUGGACAGUAAUUGCUUCCGAUAAUUUUUCUAGCUGUCUCCCCAAGUUGCUAAAUAAUUUUUAAGAAGAAACGCUUUUACCUCGGACUGUCGAAUCGCCUCUCUUGCCGGAUUAGCAGAUCGGAAUCCAGCAGUUGCGACUUGACGUCACUGUAGCCCGGUGGCAAAAUGUUUCUCCUCCCGAAUCUGGGCGAUCCAAUAGAACUGAAUAUACGCGCUGAAAAUACAGUAAGCUGUGUUUUUCGUGGUGACCCUUUGCUUCGCUUCGCUUCACGUACGCGCGUUCCUUUUGAGCUGUCUUUCGCGGCUGCUGUCUUAGUAGCUUGCAGAGCGGUCUUGUUUUUUCCGUGGACGGUUGCUACGUUCGGAGAGCCAUCGGUUUAGUCCUUUUUGAGAGGGAAACGCGAUUCAGAUAUUUAGGCUGGUUAAUGGACGGCAGGAUGGUUUUCAGCACGUUGGGAAGGACUGUCAACUUCCGGACCAUCUUGUGGAAUAACAGGGGAAAGAGCAGGUCGCUGUAGAACCCGGUCAUUUUUCAUUACGCCCCGGCGUCUUGUUAACGGUUAUUGACCCUCACGUGGGGAAAUGGGAAAGAGAAAACGGCGAAGUUGAUUGUGCGGGUGUCUGCCUGGUGUAAAUGUUUUGAGUAACGCAUCCGUUUCACGUUGGGGAAUUUAUUUUUGCGUGUUGCGUUCUUUCUAACGUGUUUAUGUUUGGUCCCGUUGUGCUUGGAAGAUAUAAGUAAUGCUGAAUUAUCUUCAUAUCUCUGAAGGAGCUGACGCACGGAUGGCAAUGUUUUGAUAGCUAAGUAUGCCAAUGAAAGCGCGUUGCGCGGGCGCAGCUUUGAACGGUUCGUCUUGCAGGUACAUCUUGGUUCCGGUCUGAACGUGUCUGCGCGUUUGGGCCCGGGUAGCCCCAUUUGUCCCUUCGUUCCGCUAGGAGUACUGAACCUCCCGGUUGUAUUUAGAUGCAGGAGGUGAAACGGUGGCGCUCCUGCCGGCGCAAUCUGUGGAGCCUUGCCUUAGGUGGCCCUCAGCUCUAGGUUGGCGGAGACGCUGCUGCUUCUGGACUUGGGCUUGAGAAUGCAGCUUGAGGUCAGUCUCUGACGUGGAGACCCCGUCUGUAUUGGAAGAAUCUUCCUCUCAGACAGUUAAGCAAGUCAAGCUGCGCAGGAAGAGUCUGUCUUGGUAGAAUACACUGUCAAUGGAGCUUAGCCCCUAAAUAGCACCUGAAGUUACCUGUUAAAUAGAGAUGCGGUGAAGCUCAGGGUUUGGACCGAACGGUAUCAGCUGCUCCCCGCAAGGUUCUGAUAACGGUGUGAAGCGCAGUCUCCCGGCCAAGACUUCUUUUUUCGAAAUUCGCAGAAAAAAUCCUAGCCUCCUGAUGUGAGUGCUCAGUCUGUUGCCAGAGGAGCCUUUGUCCCCCUUGCUACGACUUGCCGAAAUCUCCCGCGUGCCGUGAGCUGAGGGAGAAGAGGCGUGCAAGAGGUCCAGCGCUCCCGGCGUCGCACGCGGCGGGUGGUCCUUCCUGCAGACAGCUCUGCUCUUUGUUGUUCUUGUGCGUGCCUGUAACUGGCGUUAUUUCGGUUUUCCUCUUAAGCCUCCUGUCAUUGUUGUCCAAAUAAACUGAAGGCUGCCAAAAGAGGUGGCAUUUCCAGAUCUCAUUUGUAAAGGCGGCGUUUACUCGAUCAAGCAACUGUCGUUGCAGCUUUGCUUUGAAACUCGUAGCGGCUCGAGCGUGCAACGGGCGCGUUUCUUCUUUCGCUGGCAUAGAUGAAAGUGAAUUCACGAAUGGGUUGGAGAAGCGCUGAAAAUGAAUUAUGAAAGAGAAGGCGAGACAGAAAAUGGAAGCGUGGCCAACUCUCCGGUGUCGAUAAAUGUACGUGCAGCGUUCGGUGAGUUAGGCGCUCGCAGCGCAGCUUACGCACGACAACUGCAGUCGUACGCUACGUCCCCACGUGGAGCGUCCGGAUCGCGGUAAGAACGCGUCGUCUGAAAAUCGACUCCUGCGAACUGCGUGUAACGGGUAUGAAGAUGUCACUCGAUGACUCUCUGUUGGGUGAGAGAGACCUGCUCCGAGGUCUGGUUCCUGCGCGGGGAUGCAAGGAGCGGACUGUCAACUCUGGUCAGCGAGGAGACGUUUGUCCGGAUACGCCCAAAUAAGAGAACGGGCUCGGUUUUUGCCUGCUCUUCUGCCUGUCUGUAUAUGCUGGCGUAUGUGAGCCGUUAAUAACGGUUUUCUUCGCAGCGGUUUCUGCUUCUGAGGCAGUCUUUAUAUGCCCGGGAUACCUGAGAAAUAAAGCAGUUUGUGGCUUCUUUUCCCUCUUCUAGUCGGAUAUCUGCUGUUUAGCUGCGUCUUUUAGUUCUAAACUGCAGCGUGUCGCUUCCCGAAAGUGCUUGUUUGUCCGCGUCAGCCGUCACGUUCUGAUCGUCCCGUCGGUUUGGGUGGCCUUAUGACCUCGUUAGUCUGUGCGGCUAGGAUAUCAUUUACGGACGUCUAAGCUGUGAAAAACUUAUGUAUGGCGGGUGGCUGAGACGGCGAUACGCAGCCCCGGCGCCAAGCGUUUAUAGUGGUUCAGUUCUGGGCAUGUACGUAUUUUGGCCUCUACCGUACCAAUAUGUUGACUGCAUUUGUGCCAAAGGAGCGCAGAGCUGUAUUCGAAGGGUAACUGACGUGCGUUAUGUGUUUCUUCAGAACCUUCCGUCUCUUCCUCUUCUUCUUCCUUUUCUCGCUGCUGUCCCUUUUCGGUGACCUUACAACCGCUGGGAAGAAACACGCGUGUAAAGCGUUCGGGGGGAACUUCGGACGCCAUCGGCCUGCUAAGGUGUAUUUUUCUGUUUGCGGUAAAUCUCGGGCAGUAAUUUCUCGUUUAGUGGAGCGUCGAAUCGGUUUGCGUACGGCCAGACUUUAGGUCUGACGAGUCCCGCAGGUGGAAAAAGUGACUGUGUUUUGUUGAUGUUGCAAAUCGUUUCACCUUCCUUUUGCUCGAGGAAAGAAGCUUUCGUGUGCCUCGUUGCUAAAGCGUGUGAGGCGGCCGCUGGGUCCGUACCCAUAGAGUGCUAUGCAAAAAUGACCAAAAAUGCGUAAUCUAGUUUAACGGUGGCGGUAUUCUUUUUGAUCUGGAGUGAACGGGUGAGGAGGAAUUUGCCACGCGGAGGAAACGUCCACGCAGAGGAUUCGGAGGAGUGUUUCCUGUACGGCGGAAAAGCCUACGGUAGACGUCCUUGGUUCGCUAAAGCAAGAACGGUGUUUAGUGAGCCUUUACUGUGCGGCGUCUUUGACAGAGCACCUUCUCUGCAGCUACCCUCCGGAUAGGAUGGAGUCUUCAGCUGAUCCUAGUUCCUGUUUUAGGAAAAGUGGCGUUUGAUGUUCGUUGUUUAGGGAACCGUCGUUUUGGUUGCCGAGUGUAUGGGUUUUUUUUUUUUAGGGAGCAGCGGAAAAGAUGGAAAAGCAGAUGGGAAAUGUUCUGUGUUGUUUCACAGACUAAAAUGUAUGUCUUGUGCUUAACGUGUCCUGUACGUUUUGGGGAACGGUGGGGGGGAGGUGGGGCAAAAAUGCCAAGGGAGGAGUGCUGAAACUGUGGGCGUUAACGUUUGCAGGAUGAUUUGUUGGGUUUUUUUGGUGCAAAAGGUUAUUUGAGGAAAGACGCUGCAACCUACGGUGUGUAUUAGGCACCUGUGGUUUCUUAGUGGAAACGUUUGGUAAUACGUUGGAACGUGUGAAAUUUUUGCAAUACAGACGUCAUCCUAUCUUAAAAAAAAAAAUCUUGCUUUUCCAGUGUUAGAAAUGUCUCAAAGCUGUUGACUCGGGAGUCUGUGUUCUUUCUAAUCGUUUUGCCUGACGUUUUCUAUACUUCUGAAGGACGCAACGGUAUCGGUGAAAUUUGGUGUUGGAAAGUGCUUAUCUGGAUGCUUCUGAACCAUUUAUGUUGAGACCGUCUUGGGUUUUUUUAGUGUAGAAUACCCAACAGCUGCGUGGCCGUCGCGGAACGAGGAGGACUGUAAAACGACGCCGUAGCAAUUGCGUUUGAGGUACGAUCCCGGAGCGGGGCGAAGCGUUCGUCGUGGAAACGCGGACUGAUUUUUUUUUUUUUUUUAGCCUUUUUUUCCUGUCCCUCGAUUGCCUUCUGGGUAGCCCUUCCUUUUUUGCAGCAGGCUGUUUUUUGCAAAACGUAGGGUGUGUUUCCGCAAACGUGGUGGUGGUUGGUCGUUUUGUAUGUUCUGUAACGUUUGCUUGCGGUGGCGUGACUCGUCGGGUGUCCGCUCCCCGUGUCGAUGACCUCGUUUAUAAACAGGAGGAGGAGGGAAGACGGGCCGCUCGUGGCUGUAGCGGCUCUUUCCGUUGCUCGCCUUAGCAACGAGACGUUUGUGCCUGUAGUUGCCAAGCUCCGGCUUUCCACAGCUGAAAUCCUUCAGCUAAGUGCUGCUCGUGGAGAUGUCCGGAACUGUGCAAUGGAGAGAGACCCCCCCUGUGCUGUCUAGAGCUUCUGCGGCUUCCGUUGAAGUGAGCGUUCUCAUCGCUCUGAAGUGGUCGCCUCGCUCUAGCUGUUGCCGCGCUAUGAUGUUGUGUGACGGUAAGCGUACGCGAUCGUCAUUGCUGUAGAUACCGUGGUUUUGCGGUUGUUUCCCGUAUGUAAAAAUGCAUGGACGCGAAUGAAACCUGAGGGACCGUGGGCCAAAGAGCUCUCCAGAUAAGCUGCAGUGGUUUGGGUGGGGCGCGCUGCGAAGAGCAGCGCGGUUCACAACGUAAAGGGCGACCUGGCCGAGAGAAUCCCUGGAACGCGCCUGAAUGUGUGGCGGCACGUGUUAUUUUGUUACGUGGGAGCGCUAAAGGGAGUUGCUUCGUAAAUCGUCCAGAGUCUGGUCAGUCGCCCCUGUUCAGCGUUGGCAGCGGGAUGAAAGAUGUUCUGUGGGGCACGUGGUUCAGAAAGGCAAAAGCGGUUAAAAACCGGGCUCGCUUGGAGGUAUAGCUAGGAUGUUGUGACUGCACCCACGAAUCUGUUUUUAAAAUUCCCAGUUAUGGCCCCAUUAGACUUCUCACGUCUCUGGUACCUUGCCCAAAGAACAAGCGCAAGUCGAUUGUAUUGCAGUGGGGAAGAAACAGGAGGAAGUCGAGGUGGUUUCUUUUUUUAAGGGAAAACCGGAACGGUACCUGUGCCAGAAGCAUCGGAGGGUACCUUUGCGGUGAUGUUGAUCUCACUCCCUACUUUUAGGUAAAUGAGGGGUCUUGUCAGCUGGAAACUGUCGCAAUAAUGAGUACAAAGAAUCUUGGACCUCUGACACUGUGGCUGCCUCACAUU